GGUCGGCACAGUGCUGCCGUGUUCGCUUCCUCCCGGUGCACUUUGAGCGUAGCACCCAGGGGGCUGGUCCUACGGGACAAGAUGGAGUACCUGCAGGUCCUGAAACGCGGGCUGCAGCAGCUCAGCGGCCACGGUGGCCUCCGCGGCUAUCUACGAGUUUUCUUCAGGGCAAACGAUGUGAGGGUUGGUACAUUAGUGGGGGAAGACAAAUAUGGAAACAAAUACUAUGAGGACAACAAGCAAUUUUUUGGUCGUCACCGAUGGGUUAUAUAUACAACUGAAAUGAAUGGCAAGAACACAUUUUGGGAUGUGGAUGGAAGCAUGGUCCCCCCUGAAUGGCCUCCCUGUUCCCUGAAACACAAUAUUGAAAUUAAGCCAAUCAAUAACCCUUCAAAGGCCUUUGAGUGUUCAAGAGAAAGGAAGAGUUGCACAUCUAUCACUUUAUUACAUGUGCUGCUGAAGUGAGCACACAUCUGUCACUUUAAAUCAAAAGCUAAAAGUGAUAAAGCUUAGUGAGGAAGGCAUGUUGAAAGCCAAGAUAGGCUGAAUGCUAGGCCUCUUGUGUCAAACAGUUAGCCACGUUGUGAGUGCAAAAGGAAAGUUCUUGAAGGAAGUUAAAAGUGCUACUCCAGUGAACACAAGAAUGAUGAGAAAGUGAAACAGCCUUAUUGCUGAUACGGAGAAAGUUUUUGUGUUCUGGACAGAAGAUCAAACCAACCACAGCAUUUCCUAAGCCAAAGCUUAGUCUAGAGCAAAUCCCUACCUCUUCAAUUCUGUGAAGGCUGAGAGGUGAGGAAGCUGCAAAAGAAAAGUGAAGCUAGCAGAGUUUGGUUCAUAAAGUUUAAGGAAAGACACUGUUUCCAUAACAUAAGAGUGCAAGGUAAAGCAGCAAGUGCUGAUAUGAAAGUUGCAGCAAGUUAUUCAGAAGAUCUAGCGAAGAUAAUUAGUGAAGGUGGCUACACUAAACAACAGAUUUUCAGUGUAGACGAAACAGCACUCUAUUGGAAGAAGAUGCCAUCUAGGACUUUCGUAGCUAGAGAAAAGUCCGUGCCUGGCUUCAGAGCUUCAAAGGACAGGCUGACUCUCUUGUUAGGGGCUAAUGCACCCGGUGAUUUUCAAUUGAGGCCUAUAUUCAUUCACUGUUCAGAAAAUCCCAUGGCCCUUAAGAAUGAUGCUAAAUCUUAUGCUCUACCAAUGGAACAACAAAGCCUGAGUGACCACACAUCUGUUUACAGCAUGGUUUACUGGAUAUUUUAAGCCUGCUGUUGGGACCUACUGCUCA